AUAGAAUAAAUUUCUAAAUAGAAAAAUUCACAUGAUUUUUUAUUGGAUGAUAAAAAUUGAUCUGCAAUACUAUAUAAAUUUUCUCUGGUCGAUCUGUUUUUAAGUGAAAGCGUCGAAUAUGGCACGACAAUAUUUUAUUGGAAUGGUUAUAAGUACGGCAAUGCAAAAAACUGUAAAAGUAAAAGUAGCAAGACGAAUUGCACACCCCAAAGUACAAAAGAUAAUAAAAACGCACAAGAAUUUUUUAGCACAUGAUGAAAAAGAAAGUUGUUCAAUAGGAGAUGUAGUAAGAAUUGAAGCUUGUAGACCAUUAAGUAAAAUGAAAAGUUUUACUGUUGCUGAAAUUAUAAGACCCGCUAAGACUUGGGUUGAUCCCGAAACUGGAGAAGAAAAACGAUAAAAAUCAAAGAAUCAUAUUGAAAACUAUUAUUUAUUUAUUUCUUUUUUAACAUAAUUUAUUAUCAUAUUCAUUAUAUAUGAGAUAUUAAAGAAUAAAAAUGUAUAUUUCAUAUGAUUAUUGACUAAUGCAUCGUAAUC